UCGUAUAAGAGGGUAAGGGGAAUUCGUGGUUUAACAAAGCGAAAAGAAAAUCAGGCAAACAUUUGUUCAAAGAUUGAGGAAACGUAGUAGGUUAACAGAAAACUGCAAGGCCCUAUGCUGUUCUUAGAGAUCUUUUUUCUCGACAAACAAAGCAAGGGCACUAAAAGAAUCCAUUGGGAGUUGGAACUAUAGAAAACAUCCUGUAAAAAAACGAAGCAAAAUUCUAAUUUUAAGGUGCCUACAAGAAAAAGGAAAAGAGGUACUCGAUGAAUCUUGUAUAAUUCUUAACAUAUUCCUCUUAUCGCCUAGUGCAACUAUACUCUCUCGACGUAUUGUCGUAUUUUCUUGUGCAUCGAAACCAGGGCUUUUCUUUUUUACUAGAGGAUAAGCAUGUGCCGCACGCACGCACAAGAUAUGGUUUUUGUGAGACGAUAAGCUCUAGUACACAAUUAAUAUAUUGCUAAAACUUUAUAUUGUUGUUUAUCAUCUUAAAUAUAUCAAAUGGAAAAACUCAGGACUACAAAGUUGGAGGCAAUAGUGGUAGCACGCAGAAAAUAAAGGACAGGUUGGAUCGGAUCCUAGAGCACAUGGAUCGCCAGUACGUCCACUUGGGAUCAAUUGGCACCACGUAUCAACAGAUGACUGCAGCUCAACUCAGUAAACAAGGUGGGCUCCUGACAUGCAGUGGGUGGCGGUGCAGCCGCUUGGUCUAACAUCCAAGGAGACAGACAAGGUUGCUCAUGGCUUAUAUGUCCCUCCGGUGAGGCCUUGGGUGGUUGUUGAUGAUAUGCCUCUUUGGAACGAUGAGGCAGCACGGCUUAAUCAAGAGUUGUCGGUAGCACAUACCACAUCAGGGUGAGUAGGAUGUGAAGGAAUCAACUUGAUCACUGUGCAGGUUGCCAAAAGCGAACUCACUGAUGUUGAUUACUCAUGACCACAUUUAGAGCUUGGAGUCAUUGAUGCAGGCCAAAUGUUCGAGGAGAUGCCUCUCAAGUAGAAACAACUCAUAAAGAACAUGUUAUGCUAAUGACAGCCACAAUUCCUGGUAUCGCUUCCUCGUACGCACUUGCUAAAUGCAUCAGAGUGGUCCUAUGGGAUGGCAGGUCAUCUGAGUAUCUGACAUGGACCCAAACGAUGGGUUACUGUGGCAAUUAAUUCACUAUGGAUUGCACUGGAGUGGUGAGAACAAAUCAAGUUUCAAGCCUGUCAUCAUGGCUGUGCUCGCUCAUGAUAGCAGCAACUCAUUCCCAUUGGAUGAUGUCACAGAUCUUGAGGAUAAUUUGCUUGAUUAAAGACCUCUUGAAGCCAAUGCGGCAGCUCAGGCUGAACUGAACAUGUUCAGGGCUCAUAUGGAAACAAAGGUUGCUGCAUGGGAACUGUUGAAUGAGGCGCCUCAUGCGGAUGUGUGGAAUGAGGGCAUGCCAUUUAACAAUGAGACACAGGACAACUUACUACAAUAAAUGCCAUGUGUAGCACAGAGGACCAAAGUCAUGAAACGGCAAACGCCUCAGAGACAAAGGCUGUUGCAAAAUAACAGUGCUUGUUCUGUCUUCCUGCAGCUUGGUCUAGACAAAGUGUACAAAGUUGGUGCACCAAUUGUGAUGGCUCCUCCGUCUUCCUAGAACAUGGCAUGGAUGUAACAGAACAAAUGUUUGUGGAAAUCAAAAUACUUGGUCAACUCUUCCGUUCUAAGGCCCAGGGUUUUAGUGCUGAGGAGGUAUACAACAUUCUUGACCAAGUGGGUGAAAUAUUGCUGCUCCCAGAGUACAGAGUGGGUCAUGCAGACAAGAAGCCAGGUAGACCAUGAUGUGACACUGAUCUAUUGUUUGAAGUGAUUUUGUCAUCACUCCGUUUGGCUGCUGGUUGGCUGCAGCCGUUUGGGCUGAUGAGCCACGGCACAGUGAAAAUAAGUGCAGCGGUGCAGCCGAACGGCGUGAUGGAGAUACAGUGGUGUCAACCCAAGCAAAUGUGAGCUACAGCUCAAGCCAUACAUGGCGAGACAAUGGGAUCCUGGAAUCUGGGUGGCUAGUCAUUGAGAUGCAAUUCAUGGACAUUGUUAAAGCCCAUAUAUUCUUAUCUGCCUAUAUAUAUGCUACAGUACCCAAGAGGGCCAUUAUCUCGCCUAAUCAAGGUUAGUGACAUGGUAACAGAGCAGGUCACGAUUAGUGUUUCUUAGAUUUUUUUUAAGCCACCAUCGUCUCCUCCCGGCUGCCGUCGCGGUCUUCCUCCGCCGCCGUCGCGGCCCUCCCUCCACCUUCCUCCCGCCUGCGGGCUCAUCUGUGCCGCCCCUGUCCACAUCCGCCAUUGCGGAUCCCGUCCGCCGUCGCGCAGAUCCGGCCGCUGCCCGUCCGCCGUCGCGGAAACCGUCCAGAUCCGCGGCCGUCCUCGCGGAUCCCGGCUGCUGCCCGUCCGCCGUUGCGGAUCCCGCCCCUUCCCGCCUCUGCCGCGGGCGGAUCUAGGCGGAUCCCGCCCCUUCCCGCCUCUGUAGCGUGCGGAUCUGGGCGGAUCCCGCCCCUUCCCGCCUUUGCCGCGGGCGGAUCUGGGCUUCCCGGCCGCCGCUCUCCGCCGUCCACACCUGCCUGCUGCGCCCAGCCGCGAUUUCUUCCAUCCCCGGCAGCCGUCGUCUGUCGUCCGCACCUGCCUGCUACGCCCGGCUGCCGUCCUCAGCCGUCGUCCGCCUGCUGCACGCACAAACAGUCAUUGCAGAGGAGAAGAUUUGUGCAACUGCCAUCGACCCGAUAAUCACGCCGCAAACAGUCUGUGGAUCCGGAUCUGCGCUGCCAUCUGCUGUGCCCUGCCUCGUCGCCAUCUGCGCCGUGCGCCGGUGGCUGCCAUUGCGGGCAGACUGUCCAACUCGGCUUCCGCGACCAGGACCUCCGUCAACUCGUCCAACUCGAGCUGCUUUCAGCUGCGGUUCCUCUGGUUUGUUUGGUUUCCGGUCUCCUGUUCUUCCUGAUUUUCAUUGAAUUCAAUAUGGCGACAAAUGCUAUUGUGGUCAAUAUCACUCUUGAUGGCCAAAAUUAUCCGGAGUGGGCUUUCUGUGUUGAGACUGCACUCAGGGGACAUGGAUUACUCUUUCAUUUGACUGAUGCGGCACCCGUACUUGCGGAUGAUCGUCGCAAUGCUGUUGAUAUCAAAACAUGGCAGCUUAAUGAUGGUAAAGUGAUGGCUGCUAUGGUGAACAGUGUCAAACCGUCUAUGAUUAUGAGUUUGUCUAAAUUUAAAACUGCUAAAGCCAUCUGGUCUCAUUUGAAGGAGCGUUUUGUUCAGGACAGUGGUGCUCUAUUACACACUCUCAUGCAACAGACACAUGUUAUUGAGCAAAAUGAUAUGAGUAUUGAUGAGUACUACUUAGCCUUUGAUCGUCUGAUGAGUGCUUUGACAUCUAUGGUGCCUGCUUGUACUGUUGAUCCGUGUCUGGCUCAUAAGUUUAUUGAGAAGUUCUUCACUUACAGAUUUGUUAUGGGCGUUCGGGCCAAGUUUGAUUCUCUUCGUGCUCGUUUACUUCAGGGUUCUGACACUCUCACAAUGGCUAAGGCGUUGUCUGAUUUACUUGCUGAAGAGACUCGUCUUAAUUCUCUGUCUUCUACUGGUACUAAUACUCACAGUGUAUUGGCUGCUGCCCAGAAACCUAAGAAUGUGUUUAAGCCUUGUGAUCAUUGUGGCAAGACCAAUCAUCGAUCUGAGCUUUGCUUUGUCAAGUUCCCUAAGAAGUUGACUGAUUUCCGUGCACGACGUGGUGCUCGUGGCCGUGGUCCAGGACCAUCUACUAGAGGCUCAGUUGUUGUUGCUGCCACUUCGUCCGCUUGUACUUCAGAGUCGGUCUGGGUACUUGAUUCAGGAGCCUCCUUUCAUGUCACAUCUGAUCAGUCAAAGUUGGCUUCUACUACACCUGUCACAGAUGGUGCUUCAGUGCAGACAGCUGAUGGACCUUCGCACAGGGGAAGUGAUUGGGACUGGCCGUCGCCGUAGAGCUGCUCCUCGCCUCUACAUCUUGGACUCUUUGCGGCUUCCUUCCUUGGCUACAUCUCCAGCUCAUGUGCUUUCAGCUACCCUUGCUUCUGUUGCGUCUUUUGCCCAGUGGCAUCAUCGUCUAGGUCAUUUGUGUGGAUCUAGAUUGUCUACUCUAAUAAAGUCAGGUUGCUUAGGUCAUACUUCGGUUGAGUCUGAUUUUCAUUGUAAGGGUUGUCAUCUUGGAAAACAAUACAACUUCCAUAUUUUACU